GUGGUUCAACAAUGAGGAACCUACUCUCGAUCUAUUAAAUCCUCUCAUUUCAUCUCUUCAUCUUCUUCGCCGCACUCGCAAAACUCUCUCAGCAGAGAACGGAAGAAAAACAGGAAAACAUCGGACCAAAUGGAGAAGAUCGAGCACGCAACUGUUCGCACCAACGGCAUAAACAUGCACGUGGCGUCGGUCGGUGACGGUCCCGACACGGUCCUCUUCAUCCACGGCUUCCCGGAGCUCUGGUACUCGUGGCGCCACCAGAUGCUGUCCCUCGCGGCCCUCGGCUACCGCGCCAUCGCGCCCGACCUCCGGGGCUACGGCGGCACCGACGCACCCCCGCGCGUGGAGUCGUACACGGCGUUCCACGUGGUGGGGGACCUGGUGGGGAUGCUGGACGCGCUGGGGAUCGGGCGGGUGUUCGUGGUGGGGCACGACUGGGGGGCGAUCAUGGCGUGGCACUUGUGCCUGGUCAGGCCCGACCGAGUGAAGGCGCUGGUGAACACGAGCGUCGCGUGGUUCCCCAGGAAUCCGGAGAGGAAGCCCGUUGAGUCGAUGAGGGCGACGUUCGGAGAUGAUUACUACGUUUGCAGGUUUCAGGAACCUGGAGUGGCUGAAGAGGACUUUGCAAAAGCUGAUAUCGCCAAACUCAUUCAGCUAUUCCUCACAGGCCGUGACCCGAGCCCACCUAUCGUGCCUAAAGAUGUAGGGAUCUCAGGAUUGAUCAAACUACUCGACCAACAACAGGUUGAGUUGCCCUCUUGGCUGACCGAUGAUGACAUCAGCUACUACGCCACCCAAUUCAGCAGGACCGGCUUCACCGGAGGAUUCAACUAUUACCGUUGUUUGGACUUAAAUUGGGAGUUAUCAGCGCCAUGGACUGGAGCACGAAUUGAAGUGCCGGUGAAGUUCAUAGUGGGGGACUUGGACCUCACCUAUCACUUCCCUGGCGUGAAGGAGUACAUCCACGACGGUGGGUUCAAAAAGGCAGUGCCCAACUUGGAAGAUGUGGUGGUGAUGGAAGGAGUGGCUCAUUUCCUCCAGCAAGAGAAGCCUCAGGAGGUCACUGCUCACAUCCAUGACUUCAUCAAGAAAUUCUCAUCUCCAUGAUCUAGUAGGGUCUCAUGUUGUCCCUCAUGAUGGUGUCCAUCAUUAUUGUUCACAUGGAUAUUGACCGUGGACAGUAAAAGGGCACAAGAAUAAUUGAAUAAAGAAAAAGUUUAUUUCAUUCA